AUGGAUAUCAGAAUUUUUUUCGGAAAGAGUUCUGAACAAAUAUCAGAAGAAAAUAAGAAAUCAACAAAGGUUACUAAGCCAACUAAAAGCAAAGCACAAAAAAAGGAGGUUAAAGAGAAAACAAAAACAAAAACAAAGACCGAGGAAACGUCUAAAAAAACUAAAAAUGAAAGACAAGAAAAGGAAGACGUUGAAUUUGGACCAAUAUAUAAAAAGAAAAAGCUAUUAAAGAAGAUGGUGAUUUCAGAAUCUAGUGAUUCAGACUCGAGUGUAGUAGUAGAGAAACACACAAAGAAAAAAACACUCUUCAGCGAAGAUGAAGAAGUAGAAGUGGAAAACGAGGUGGAGGAGGUAGAGGAAAUCACAAGCGGAGAAUCGAGCAAGAAAGGAAACAAAUCAGUAAGCAACUGGGUGAGAGAACAGUUGAAGAUGGAUAACCCAGAGAAGCUGGAGGAGCUGGAAAAGGAUAAGUGCAGCACAGAAAAUAUGCAGAUGGACAUAAAGUAUUGGUGUAACAACGAGAAGAAGUUGGUGGAUCCUUCGACGAAGGUAAAAAAGGAUACGAGAGUUAACGUGGAUAUGAAUAGUUAUUUGGACCUGUUGGCAUUUCCAAAGUCGCAAAAGACAUUGAAGGCAGUGAAAAGCAGAUUGACCACGAGUGAGUUAGAACAAAGCAACGUGUCAGCAAGGUCGUUUAAGGAUGUGUAUGAAACAGUGACUGGGUCAAGCAGAUCAGAAAAAGCAAAGGAGUCGCCGUCUAGACUAGGCUUGUCGAUGAAAUCGCCCGAGAGAGUGUUGCACUCAAAGAACGGGAGUCAGAGUCCUGUUGGCAAGAGCCAGGUUGUUGAAGUAAACUCGCAAAAGUCAGUGGAGUCAGAAAAAACACCAAGUAAAACAAGGACUACAAAGUCGCCAAAGAGACUAAUGGAAUCAGGAGAGUCUGAAGAAAGAGCGAAUAAGAAGAGACAGGUGAGUACGCAAAAGAGUCCAGUAAAAAAGCUGAAAACAGUGGAAAUAAAAAAUACGGAGCAGAUGGAAAGCCUGUUCGGAUCGUCAGACUCAUCGCCAUACGUGUCACCAACAAAGAGUACAGGGAGAGGAUCAGACACGUCGAAUCAAAGCACACCAAACAGACGCAAAUACAGAAAGGUAGGAGGAGACGCCGAAGGUAAAAAAAGAAAAACACAGACGAAGAAGAAGCAGUCAGUGAAUCAAGAGAACGUGGACGACUCAAACCUGGUAUCAGGAAGGAAGUUCGUGUUCACAGGAGAGUUGAGCAUGGAUAGAGACGAAGCGACGUACAAGGUGAAGAGACUGGGAGGAAUCGUAGUGAGUGCAGUGAGUGGGCAGACAGACUACCUGGUGUACGGAGAUAAGUUGGAGGACGGAAGAGAUUACACAACAGGAACGAAGUACAAAAAGGCGAAGGAGCUUAACAAAAACAAGGGUCUGAACAUACAGCUGAUCAACGAGGAACAGUUUAUGAAUUUGCUGAAGGACACACCGAGAAUAGAAGAGGAAGAUGAAUUGGUGGAAGAGGAGUUAACAGGCGUACAACAGGAAGAAGGUAGGCUGGAUGGGAAGGUAGAAGGCGGAGUGGGAACUACUAAAGCACAAGACCAAAUGCUGUUUGAGAAGUACAGACCGAGCAACCUGUACGAGCUGAUGGGAAACCAGAAGCUGAUAGAAAGACUGAAAGAGUGGCUGCAGAAUUAUGACUACACAGGAGAAUACAAACAUUUAGGUUCAUCAAAAGGGAAGGACGAUAGCUUUAAAGCUGCACUGUUGAGUGGGCCACCAGGGAUAGGGAAGACGACGUGCGCAAGACUGGUUGGCGAGUCGUUCGGAUACUACGUGAUGGAGUUUAACGCCUCUGACCAGAGAAGUAAAAACGCAGUGGAAAAAAUAACGCCCCUGGUAACAGGAACAGUAACGCUCAAUUCAUUCCAAAACAACUCAAUUAGAGACUUGAAAAGAACACUGCUGGUGUUGGAUGAAAUCGACGGAAUGAGUUCAGGAGACAGAGGAGGAAUACAGAGCAUCAUUAAGCUGAUACAAAUAGCACGCUGUCCAAUAAUACUAAUAUGCAACGACAGAUACUCGCAGAAGAUAUCGACACUGAGUAACAAGUGUCUGGACUUGAGGUUUGGUUCGCCCUCAAUAGAGUUGUUCAUAAAGAGAGUGAAUCAAAUAUGUAAACUGGAAAAAAUACCAGCCACGGAAAACCUAUUACUGGAUCUGUAUCAUAAAUCAAACGGAGACAUGAGGUACACACUUAACUAUCUACAAUUCUACGCAACCACGAAAAGCAAGGACGGCCCAGAUGGAACAAUAAAUAAAAAGGAUGAAUCAUAUUCGCAAAAUAUAUUCGACAAUUGCAACAAGGUGUUUAACUUGAGUAAAAUGAGCUUGCGGGACAAGCUGAGUAAAGUCAACGAGAUAUUCUUCACGGAUUACAACAUCAUGUCACUGAUGUUGCAGGAAAACUACGUCAAGUACAACAGGAACAUAGGAGUGAUAUCGAAGAUAGCAUUGGACUACGUGUGCGGAGACAUGGUCAACAAGGUCAUGCAAAGGACUCAGACAUAUUCACUACUGCCAGAUCUAUCGUCCUUGACGGCUGUGAUACCAGCAUUAGAAAUGAACAAGGCGGGCAGUGGACUCACGGAAAGAUUGUCAUUCCCACAGUGGCUAGGUAAACAGUCAACGACAACGAAAAACAGGAGAAUACUGAGUGAAAUAAGUAUGAACUUAUCAUAUAAAACAACGCUCUACGGAUCCAACUUGCUGAUGGACGGGUACCUGGAAUUGAUAUACCAAAACGUUAUGAAACACCUGGUGAAAGAAAACGUGGACGAAUGUGUCGAUUAUAUAAACGAAGUGGGAAUAACGAGAGAAAUGGUAGUGGACGGAAUAGCAAACCUGAGGUUUAAAAACCAGGAAAACAUAUACGCCAAAAUAAGCACAAAAACAAAGACACAGCUGACGAAAAAAAUGGCAACGCAACUGGUAAAAGUAGUCAACACUAAGAGGAAUAGAUACACAACCUACGACUCAAAACCAGAUCACGAAUCGGAGGAAGAAGAACAGGACGACGACUACGAUCCACUGUUGAAAAAGAUGAACCCUAAUAAAAAACAAGCAAAACAGAAAAGGAAAUAA